AAAAUUUUGUAUUUUGUUGAACUCUGUGGCCGUGCUUCUACCUGAGAUUCCUGCUGCAAAAUUUGAGCAUCUCAAACCUCAAUACAUGGGGAAAAUUGUAGGCAGCAUGGUAAUGUCAUUUGGAGGCAAAACUAACUGGUAACCUGCAAAGAUCUGUCAGCUGCUGCUUGCCCCACUCCUGGUUCAUUCUUCUCCACCCCAGGGAGGAGCUGAGUUUGUGUGGCUUUUCAAUAAGUGUGCUUAAAAUGGUUUGAAUUCCCAGCCUUCAACAGUGAUGUGAAGUGUCCAUAUUGUUCCUUCUCUCCUCUGUUGCUACUUAUUUGGGAUCUUAAAACAGCUUCUGAUGCUGCACAUUGUUUUCUCGAAGAGAGGAAGGAGCCCUGAGAAUGCCUUACCUGCGAUGUUUCAGGUAAGAGUUUUAACCAGAGAUGUUUUGGUGUCAGUAGAAACUGGAGAUGGAGAGGGAGGUGCUGGUGAGAGCAAGUCAGCAAAACUCACACGGAGCUCUCCCCAGCGAGGGGAAACGCUGCUGCUGGGAGACGUUCAGGGAUCAAGUGGCUCAAUGCUCGCUCCUGAUGGCAGCAGAUGGGUUCCUUUGGGCCUUUGGAAGUGAAUACAUCCUCCUGUGGGGCCACUUUAUCAUAGUGUCACUUCCCUCCCCAAGUCCUCUCCUCUGUUCCCUGGUCUCAUAUGCACAAAAGAAAGAAAGGCUCUGGCCUCUCAACUCCUGUAUUAUGCCACAAUCAAACCUUUUAAAGACUAUUUGUGCGUUGUUUUCUAUUCAGGAUGGGGUCAGAGCAUAGAUAUUCAGCAGUUUUUUUCUUAGAUGGGUAAGACAAUAGUUUCACAGAGCUUUCAGGAUCACUGGCGCUAAUGAUAACCAUCAAGGUUUAAUGCAUCUUUAAAUGUUUUUAGAAUUGCUGGAGUGAGCCGUGCAGAGCACCAGCUUGAGCCAGACUUUAGGCAAAGGUUGUGCAAGGAGUCACAGCACAGGUAUGAGUGGGGAAGAACACAGGACAUCAGCAAAGUGCAAGUCAAAGCAUAAGUUCUGUUUCUCUUUUUUUAUAAUAACAAUAAGAAUACAAAGUUUUUGUGAAUGAACAGUAAAGUGGGUUGAAAUAGGAUUCAAGGAGUCCAGUAUCAGCCACUUGGCUAAAGUUCUGGUUUCAGGGUCUCUCCUGUAACAAGUUUAUUUUGCUCUUAAGGAAAAUCCCUCCUUGCAGAAGGGCUGCAGGCAGACUGUGCCUGUGCAUCUGUGGGCAAUGUGAGAACCGCAAGGUAACAGAUGGCCGGAGGGUCCCGGUGACCGCGGCCGCUGCGGGCUGAGUGCGGAACAAAGCGCUGCGGGUCCCGGGAUGUGCCACCCAGCCGUGCCGAGGGCCAUUGUCCCCUCCCGGCCGCGAAAUCCCGAUUCCACGCUUAAGAGCUGCCAAAAGAGCCUCGUUCUCCCAGAGCCGCAAAAGAGCAUCUUCCCGUGUCGUUCAUUGAAAAUAUGGAAAGAGCAAUGCAUAUAGAAAUCUAAUUAUUGGCAGGCACAGCCCGGCUUUUAGCAUGAUAAUCGUGGGCCCUGGAGCUUUCUUGUGCACGGACCCCUGAAAGAAAAUCAUGAAAGCAGAAGUUAAAACUAUUGAAUUUCCAUCACUCAUUCAAUAUUCGCUUUGAUUAUGUUGACACGAUUUUUGUUUGUUCCUAGACGGCGAUGAGAAACUGUUAUUAAUCACUUCUAAAUAUUUCAGGGACAAAAGGGGGGCUGCCCGGCCCGGGCCAUGGGGACAGCGGUGCGAAGGGUGACGGGGGGAGCUCCUGCUGUCCCCGGUGCUGGGGGGCUCUCCCCGCGGUGCUGCCGGGGCGGGGGAAGGGGCCGGGACCCCCAGCCCACCCCCCUUUCCUCCCGCCGCCCUUAAAGCCCGGCCCGCUCCCGGCAGAGCCGCCGGCCCAUGGCCACGGUGCGGGGCUCGCCCGGGCUGCUGGCCCUGCUGCCGCUGCUGCUGGCCCUGCUGCUGCUGCCGCUGCUGCCGCUGGCAGGGGGGGCCCGGCCGGGCAGCGCCGAUCGCUGCAGCUGGAGGGGCAGGUGGGUGCGCACGGCCGGGCUGGGGGCUGCCCCCACCGGGAACCGGCCCCGGGGAUCGCGGGGAGGGAGCGGCCGGGUCUCACCGUCCGGGUGGGUUUACUUCAGUCACCGGCAGCGAAACAGGCCACCAAUGUUCUCAGGCUUCUCAGAUAUUACGUCCUUUCCCUCUAUGUUUUGCUUUAUACUUUUCUUUUAAUUAAUUAUGCUGGCACGGGUUUGAUUUUCGUAAGUGACCUCAGCAAAAGUAACUCUUCUGAGAGCGGUGGAGUUGCACAGACUUGAGCGAGAGCUCGGGGGAAGGGCCAGCACCACCCUUUUUAUCAAAACAUUUUCUUGAUGAGUUUGUGUUGGAAAUAUGGCAUAACAUCACUGUGCAGCUCCUGCUGUGAGUGGAUCUCACCCCAUCCACUCACUUGCUGGUGGGAUUUUCUGGACAGCUGAGCCAGUCGUACCACAAGGAAAAGUUUUGAGCUAUUCAGCAGUGAGAAGUUGCCCUCUGAGAUUUCUCUAGGUGCUACAGGCAUCCAAACAUGGAUUUGGUGAAAGGGGCUGAAGCUCCUUCCCGUGCACCCAGCUGUGAGCAUUCCCUGUCCCUGUGUGGUUCCUGUCUGGUUCUGCAGCUCAGAUCUGAGGGAAGGAGCCCAGUCCAGCUGGAGAAAGGAAACUGGUUUGAGCUGGGAGCCCGGUUCCCGUGCCGUGGAGCAGAUCCACCUGCGCUGCACCGAGGGCUCCCUGGAGUGGAUGUACCCGGCACGAGCCCUGCGAGUGGUCCUGGAGCCCAACCUGGCCAGUGGCCAGCACACCACGGUCUGCAUCAAACCCGCCAGCGACUUCCAGGGCGCCAGCAUCUACAUGGAACGUGGUGGGCAGCUGCAGCUGGUGGAGUGACCCUGUUCCUGCAGGCCAGCCCGCACAGGGACAUCAGCCGCCGCACCGCCAGCUUCCAGUACGAGCUGCUGAGCAACCAGAGCACCGCCGGCCCCGACUUCAAAAAGAUGGCUCUCUUUGAAGCUAUGUGCCGUCCUUGUGACAACAUGGAACUCCUUAUGGCCAUUUGCAGCAGUGAUUUUGUGGUGAAAGGAUCCAUCCGAAACGUCUCCCACGACUCAGAGAACCGCAUGUCCCAGGUGGAUGUCCGUGUCCAGAAAGUCUACAGGCAGAAAAACAGGAUUUUCCAGCAGGAGGAAGGGAGUGGGGAGUGGAGAGGCCCCAUCCAAACUCUUCUGCAGUGCAAGGUGAAGAAGGGAGGGGGAGAUUUCCUCUUCACUGGGAAUGAACACUUUGGGGAAGCCUGGCUGGGCUGUGCCCCUCGGUUCAAGGAUUUCAUGUUGGUUUACCAGGCUGCCAGAGAAAGGGGAGCCAACCCUUGUGAGUUUGAGCUCAACUGACAUCAGAGACACUGUAAAAAUUUCAGCCUAGUCUUUGGAUAUUGAAUCUGGAGCAGAGUUAAAGCUAAAGUUAACAAUUCCACCCAAACUGGGACCUGGAGGAUUUCCUGAAGAUAAUGGCUCUGUGAGCCCUGUGAACUUUGACUUUUAACUCACAUUAAUUUCUCUUCUUUCACAUUUUCUUUUCCUCAUAAAAUAACUCUGGAUUUUGGAAAGACAGUCUUUUGGGGGAAAGUUAGAAAGCAGCCUGUGCUCAGUACUAAAAAGUCUCUCUAACAUCCCUUGCUCUGUGUAAAUGUUACGUGCUUUUUCUCUGGAUAUUUUUCUCCUCUCCCCUGUCUCUGUUUGAUUUCCUUUACAGGCAAAUGUGAAAACUCUCUCUAGGAGGAAAAACUACCUCUAAAGCAAAAAAAAGCCCUUUCUUCACCAAAAAUUACUUGAUUUUUAAAAUGGAACAUAGAUGCUAUAAAAAGUACUUGCUCUUUUCUGACAUUGAAAAACAUUAAGGAUUUUAAUACAAGCACAGACAAAAUGCCACUAAGUCACCUCCUUUAAGUUCUGUUGAACUAAUCUGGGAUCAAGAAUUGCUUUAUUUUCACCUAAAUUAUCUGCCUCUUUUCAAUUAGCUUUUAUUAUUUGAUUGGUGGCUCCUCCCACCCUCCCUUAGUGCUUUAUUCAGACUCACAUAAUUGCCUGUAUUUUAUGUAAAUGGAAUUGCUACACCAUAAAAUGAAAUACAAAUGUGUCUACCACACAGAGCCCAUAAAUGGUGUGAACAAAGCCAUUAUUUCCCAUGUAAUGGCAUCUGAUUGCAGCCUGAGCCACACGAGGCUGACAGAUGUGAGCCCAUGACAGGGCCUGGAGAAAACUGAAUGAGGAGAACUCUGACAGGCCACAAUUAAUUGACUUUUGGAAUGACUCCUCUUUUCCACAGUUCUACUUGGCUGAGCAAGAUUCACAAAUUGCUGUCUUGAACUUUUUUAUGGAACAAAAUAGCUGCCAAUGAAAGUCUAAAUGACAUGAGCUUUGAAUAGGAGUCAUACAAUGACCAAACUGUGACAUGUUUUUAACUGACAUUGAUUACUUGAGAAGUAGCAACCACUUAAUUGUGAGGGAAUUAGGAAGGGGAGAAGAAAUGGGAGGGAGUCAGAGGAAUGGGUACAGAAAUAUAGUCUGUUAAAUACAAUUUUACUAAACUAGGGAAUGUCUUGAUAAACAUUUUUACAUAUAUUCACAGAGAGUA